AUGUUCCUCCGUUCCGUGUUACUCGCCGCGUGCGCAUCGCUGGUGACGAGUGUCGUUGGGCUCGGCUCCCAGUGCACCGCACCGCUGGGUGCGGGAAACUCCACUGCAAGCGACCCUUUCUGGCUGCAAGACAUCGCGCACCAGGGAACAGCUCCCUACAGUUCCGACCCAUCCUCGUAUGCAGUGUUCCGCAACGUGAAGGAUUACGGAGCGACGGGCGAUGGUACCACGGAUGACACCGAUGCUAUCAAAACCUACGUCGUCUCAGCUCCGAUCAUUGCAUAUUACUACACGGUUCUCGUUGGGGAUGCCAAGGUACCACCUACACUCUUAGCAAGUUCUGACUUCGAUGGUUUGGCGGUCAUUGAUGCGGAUCCCUACAUUCCCAAUGGGUACGGAGCCCAGUGGUAUGUGAAUCAGGACAACUUCUAUCGCUCUGUUCGCAACUUUGUGAUCGACCUCACGCAAAUGUCUGCAACGUCGUCCGCAACAGGCCUUCAUUGGCAGGUCUCGCAGUCCACUUCGCUGAUCAACAUCGUCGUUGAGAUGAGCACCGCUUCCGGGAACAACCACAGAGGUAUCUUCAUGGAGAACGGCAGUGGUGGUUUCAUGGGAGAUUUGGUGUUCAACGGCGGUCAGUAUGGAAUCGAUGUGGGGAAUCAACAGUUCACCGUGAGAAAUCUGACCGUCAAUAACGCCAACACGGGUGAGUGUCUCUGUCCAGUCUAUGCGACCUGGAACUGGGGAUGGACGUUCCAAGGCGAGCCUUAUGAAUGCUGCCUCGGUCAGACCGGCUUCUAUUUGGUAUCAUCGACAGAGAGUGGCCAGGGUGUCGGGUCAGAAACAAUCAUCGACGCGACUGUCACCGAUGUCACCACUUUCAUCCAGACGGCUGAAGCCUCGAGUUCAUUGAAUGGUUCCAUCGUUCUCAACAACAUCGCGUUAACCAAUGUUGGCACUGCUGUCGGAACUGCCAGCGGCGCAUCGGUGCUUGCAGGUGGCUCGUACACUAUCGACAGCUGGGCGCAAGGUAACGUCUACUCCAACACGGAUGCAUCUGGCACCUUCGUCCAGAGCGAUAUCGGUUCCAUUUCGAAGUCCUCGGAUCUACUGGCCAGUAACGGCUGGAUAUUUGGAAAGACACAUCCCCAAUAUGCCUCUUACUCGGCGAGCCAGUUCAUAAGCGUCAGGUCGCAAGGCGCAACGGGCGACGGCAGCACUGAUGACACGGCUGCCAUCCAGGCCCUGACGCGAAUUGUAUUGCAGUAUGCCGGAUGCUAUAUCAUCUACUUCGACGCGGGCGUGUAUAUUGUGUCUUCGACGAUCACGAUUCCGGCAGGCACACAAGUCGUCGGCGAGGCAUGGACCACGAUCAUGGGUACCGGCAGCAACUUCGAGAACUAUAACGAUCCACAGGUCGUCGUGAGAGUCGGCGAAGAGGGCUCCACGGGUGUGGCGGAGAUCACCGAUAUGAUCUUCUCGACGCGGGGACCCACGGCUGGUGCUAUCGUCGUUGAAUGGAACGUACAUGAUCCGUCCGACGAACAGGGUGCUGCAGGCACUUGGGAUACGUAUAUUAUCCUCGGCGGCAGAGAUGGGACUGACCUGCAAGUCGCGGAGUGCCCCGCUCAGAACUCGAGCGACGGGACCCAGUGCUUUGCUGCCUUCAUCGGCCUGCACAUCACCUCGGGAGCCAGUGCCUAUCUGGAGGGCCUCUGGGUUUGGCUGGCUGACCAUGAUUUGGAUUCGUCAGGUGUCGAGCAGCUCACUCUUUGGAGCGCUCGUGGUAUAUUGUCUGAAUCACAAGGCCCGGUAUGGAUGAUAGGAACUGGUGAACACAGCAUCAUGUACCAGUACGGCUUGGUAGGAGCCGCGAACCACUACAUGGGUUUCAUUCAGACGGAGACGCCAUACUUCCAACCUAAUCCCGGUCCGACUGCACCCUUCAUUCCCAGUACCACGUAUGGCGAUCCAACUUCGUGGCCUCAGAACGCCGCAUGGGCACUUUUUGUUUCAGACUCGUCGAACAUCCUCAUAUUCGGAGCAGGACACUACAGCUUCUUCCAGAACUACGCCCAGACCUGCGAUGCCAGCUACGACUGUCAAUCACAGAUCGCCGAGAUCGACUCGAACUCGACCAAUAUUGCGAUCUAUGGGCUGAACACGGUGUACACGACGUACCAGCUCAGCGUCGACUACAACGGCAUCAUCAAUUAUGCGAACAAUUUGAAUGGCCUCGCGGAGACUGUCACCGCCUGGACGCUAUAG